AUGGCGAGCACUAGCGAUCUCGUGAGACUAGCACAGAAACUUGUUCGAGAUGGACCUUGCAAGAUAGAACACACAGCACGUCGUGUGCGAGGUCUUUUCAAUGGAAAAUAUGCAUUCGAUACACUCAACGCGCAUCAUGUCUGGGAAUUGGAGCUGCGCUACCCACAAUACUACGUACCGAUAUCGAGCUUCACUUCCAACGCUAAGCUAUUGCGUGGCUCUGCCGUUGAUGGAACUGAUGGAGGCGCAGACCUUGGAGUUCUGACGGUCGGUAACCGCGACAGCAACCGGAUACUGAUCUUCAACACCGGCAAACUGAAGGAUCUUGUGAAAGUCGACUUCAGAGCUGUCGACCAAUGGUUUGAAGAAGACAUGGAGAUAUAUGGCCAUCCCAAAGACCCCUACAAGCGCAUCGACAUUCUGCCUUCUUCUCGUAAUGUCAGGGUAGCCAUCGAUGGUGUUACACUCGCGGAAAGUUCAAGUCCUCUAUUUCUUCUAGAGACUACUCUAAGGACGAGGCAUUAUCUGCCACCCACGAGCGUGAAUUGGGAAUAUCUCACACCUAGCAAUACAGUAACGCUCUGUCCGUAUAAGGGACGCGCGGAGUACUACAACGUCAACAUUGGUGGAAAGCUGUACAGAGAUCUGGUAUGGUACUAUCGAUAUCCGACUUCCGAAAGCGCUCCAAUUGCCGGAUACAUGUGCUUUUACAACGAGCUGGUUGAAGUUUAUGUCGAUGGCGUGAAGGAGACGUCGUAG